AUGGAUGAUUUAUGUGCAAUUAUUGCCGUUAAUUCCUUGAAUAAAGCAACACGUAUAACAAAGAGUAACCAAUGUGCCAUUUCCAGUACGUAUAUAAAAUUUCAUUGUUUGUACGUCUUCUUGUCCACCUUUGUUACAUGCAUCAACCAUGGACAGAACUUGGUUCCUCUUUUUUCUUGCAGUGUUGGUGAAGCACUAUAUAAUCAUAAUACUGUAACCAACAUCACCAUUGAUGAAUCUGCUCUGCUUGCAUUGAAAACUCACAUCAUCACUUCCAACCCUCAUGCCAUAUUGGCUACCAAUUGGUCCACAGCCACCUCUGUUUGCUACUGGAUUGGAGUCACUUGCGGCGCUCGCCACCAAAGAGUCACGGCCUUGAACAUUUCUAACAUGGCUCUUCAAGGCACCGUUCCUCCACACCUGGGCAAUCUCUCGUUUCUCGUCUCACUCGACGUUAGUAACAACAGUUUCAGUGGCCAUCUACCAAAUGAAUUAAGAACUGAGCUUCCUCACUUCUUUGACAAACUGCAGGCAUUUAACUAUUUAAAAAGAUUGAGAAUAGGUUAUAAUUCUUUGAAUGGCAAACUUCCAACUUCCAUCGGGAAUCUCUCCACCUCUCUCGAAAAUUUUAGUGCAAUUAAUUGUGGGAUCGAGGGAACCAUUCCAAAUGGAAUUGGUAAUUUAAGCAAUUUGGCAUCAUUGUAUUUAACUGGCAAUCACUUGACUGGGCUUAUUCCCACAGCCAUCAAAAGGUUAGCGAAGCUCCAACGGUUGUAUCUUGACAAUAAUGGGAUAGAAGGAUCUAUCCCGGAGGUUCUCUACCAAUUAUCCAACCUGGAUUCCAAUAGAUUAACUUCACCCAUACCUGCAACCCUCUGGAGCCUCGAUGAUCUUUUGAUCUUCAACUUGUCCUCUAAUUCUUUAAGUGGAUAUACCCCAGAGAUUGGAAGUUUAAAGGUUUCUACCGAAAUUGGUCUAUCAAUGAAUCAAUUCACAGGUAACAUCCCUAGCACAAUUGGCAGCUUGCAAGAUGUAACUAAUCUUUAUUUGGCAAAUAAUAGACUACAAGGACCUAUUCCUGAUGUAUUUCGAAGCAUGGUAGGCUUGGAAUUCUUCGAUCUAUCACAUAACAACCUUUCUGGUGUGAUUCCUCGCUGGAAGAUGCUUUUAAGAGUUUUGACACAUAAUGUGAAGUAUUGCGCAACAUCCGACACAGGAAUCUCGCCGAAGUCAUUAGCAGUUGUUAGGUUAGUUGUAAUGAUAGAUGUGGCAUGUGCAAUGGACUAUCUCCACAAUGGUUAUUCAACAUCUAUUGUCCAUUGUGAUUUGAAGCCAAGCAAUGUCCUUCUAGAUGAAGAUAUGGUUGCACAUUUGAGUGACUUUGGAAUUGGGAAGUUCUUGGGCAAUGGGGAGAGCACUGCCCUAACCAAGACUCUAGCUACAUUUGGGUAUAUUGCACCAGCUGAAGUUCUUAAAUUAUUUUCUCAAACAAAAUUUGAAUUCAAGUUUUUGUUAAAUUAUAUUCUCCUAACCUAUAUAUCAAUGUGUGUUUCUGAUGAGUUGUAUUGUUGGAUGGAUGUAGAAUAUGGAAUGGAAGGUUUAGUAUCCACAAGGUGUGUCGUUUACAGUUAUGGCAUUAUGUUAACGGAGACAUUUACAAGAAGGAAACCAACUGAUGAUUUGUUUACCAGAGAUUUGAGCCUCAAGAGUUGGGUAAAGAAGUCAUUACCCAAUGGAAUAAUUAAGGUUAUAGAUUCCAACUUGCUAAGGCCAGAGGAGGAAGAUUUCAAUGCAAAGGCGGAGUGUGUAUCAUCCAUCAUGGAAUUAGCUCUGAAUUGCUCCGCAGAAUCACCUCAGGAAAGGAUGAAUAUGGGUGAUGUUCUAGCGGCACUCAAGAAGAUCAGACUUUGGUUCCUAGCCAAUUGUGUGUCGAGAGCCCGGCAGAUUGUGAAUGGAGAUGAAGCAUGA